UUUAUAUCUUCUUCAAAAACUCAAUCCCUCAAAACCCUAAACCUACCUCUUUCCGCCGCAGCAGAGUCACCGAUUCCGAUCUGCAACCAUGGGACGAGUCCGAACCAAAACCGUGAAGAAAUCCUCUCGUCAAGUCAUCGAGCGUAACUAUCCUAGAAUGACACUGGAUUUCCACACCAACAAGAAGAUCCUUGAAGAAGUUGCUUUGAUUCCAUCAAAGCGUCUUCGUAACAAGAUCGCUGGAUUCUCCACGCAUCUUAUGAAGCGUAUUCAAAAGGGACCUGUUCGCGGAAUUUCAUUGAAGCUGCAAGAGGAGGAGCGUGAACGUCGUAUGGACUUCGUUCCUGAUGUUUCUGCCAUUAGGACUGAUCAUAUUGAGGUUGAUAAGGAAACCCUAGACAUGCUUGCUGCUCUUGGUAUGUCCGAGAUUCCUGGUGUUGUUCAGGUUGAUCCAGUUCCCGUUCAGCAGAUCCCGUUCGGUCGUGGUGCUGGUGCUGCUGGAGGUGCUGGAAGGAGGUUUUAAUUUGUUUAAAUUUUUGAUUAAUUUUUGUCAUGUUAAAGACUUUUAGAUUUGUUUUAAUUUUGAAAAAUGUUAUGUUCUGUUAUGAUUAAACUUGUUUAAGUUAUUGUAAUGGAAUCUAUAUUUUUGAAUGAUUUUGUUUAAGUUUACUCUCAUAUGGAAGAAUGAUGAUACUGAUA